CUCAUUGUUCUUUCAGAAAACUUGGAUGGAUGGAUGCGGAUGCGGAUGCGGCUUGGGCGUCACAUAGCAUGGCCUACGGGAGCUGAUGGACGAGAUGGAUGUUUCAAAGUCGGCACUCGCUUCCGUGUCUAAGUCAGAUUUAGGUGGAAGUGUACGUUAGCAAGUUGACUGUGUCGCAGUGGAAUCGUGAGAGCAACCGGGUUGUCGGUGUAUAUGCAACCCGUUCUGGCAGCUGAUUGUAUCAAAAGUGUCCAAGCAAAAUGUAUGACCAAAUUUGGACCAGGAAGCAGUCUGCUAGAAUCACUUGACAAUGGGAACGAAAUGGUCCGAAUGUGUCCUACAAGGCACCUAGAUUGGAGACAAAGUUUCUUACUUAAGACGAGGAGCUUUCAGGUGCAUCUUGAGCGUGGACUUAUCUGCUGAACAAGACGUCUUUGAAGCGGCACUUAGCUCGCCUAAAGGAAGUGUGCACUUUAUGCGCCCAAAUGCCAGGCUGUACCGGAACACCAACCAUUCUGUCUGCAUGCCUUUUAUCUACAGAACCCGAGCCGUAUCUGAGAAUGUUCCCCGGAAUGCUUCUAUU